AUGCGUCUCUCCUCAAUAUCCCUCGCCGUGAUCAUCGCUCCCCUCGCCAUCGCAACCCCCAACCUCGCAGCAGAAAGCAACGAUGCGAUAGUCAAGCGCAGUCCAAUGCCAAUGAAGCCCCUGAGCUCAUCGGCACAUGUCCUCGCUCGCUCCCCCCAAGACAACAACGAAGUCUGCAGCAGCGACCAGAAGCGCUGCGGCGACGCCUGCGUGAACAAGGACUAUACCUGCUGCCCUGACAAUGUCUCCGGCGGAUGCCCCAGCAAUGAAGAGUGUCAAAGGGACAGUGGAAAAUGGGGAUGCUGCCCUGAUGGUGACGACUGCAGCUGGGAUGAUGAUGAUGAUGAUGACGAUGAUAGCUUUGUGGACCGUGUCAAGGAUGGCGUUAAUGAUGUUGGGGACAAUAUUAAGGAUACAUGGGAUGAUAUCUGGGACGAUGAUGAGGAUGCUGCUGGUAUGUUGAAGCCUGGUGCUGGGAUUGCUUUGAUGGCGGCGAUUGCUGCUGCGAUUUUGCCGCUCUGA